AUUGGUCUUUCACUCUGCACAAUAAAGGGCAAACCGCCUAGCAUCAACAAAUACUUCAGCUUGAAACUUUUCCAUGAGCGUCCUCUGGUUUGCUUGUUGUCCAAAAAAGCUGAAAAGACUCGUGCAGGUCUGACAGGAUGGAGCAUGGAGAAGAUGGGAAGGAGUAUAGAGCUGAUAGCACGGAGUGUGGGACUAAUAGCGUGGACUGUGGAUCUAAGCAUGGAACGAUGCAAGCGGCUCGAUGCCCUACUGAUGAGCUGUCAUUAACAAACUGCGCAGUGGUGAGUGAGAAGGACCUGCAGUCUGGACAGCAUGUGAGUGUUAAAACCACUCCAAACCACAAGUUUGUGUUCACAGUGAAGAGUCAUCACACGGUAACACCUGGAACUGUAGCAUUCAGCUUACCACAGAGGAAAUGGGCCGGACUCUCUAUUGGACAGGAAGUGGAAGUAACAAACUAUAAUUUUGACAAAUCAAAGCAAUGUAUCGGUGCAAUGAUGAUCGAGAUUGACUUCCUGCAGAAGAAAAGCACUGACACAUCCCCAUAUGAUUCUGAUAAAAUGGCAAGUGAAUUCAUUCAGCAGUUCAAUAACCAGGCCUUCACCGUGGGACAGCAGUUGGUGUUCAGUUUCUGUGAUAAACUUUUUGGCCUGGCAGUGAAGAAUAUUGAGGCAAUGGAUGCGAGCAUACUGAAGGGAGAGACAGCGACUGGAAAAAAACAAAAGAUUGAGAUUGGUCUGUUGGUGGGUAACAGUCAGGUGAUCUUUGAGAAAGCCGAAAGUUCCUCCCUUACACUUGUUGGGAAGGCCAAAACCAAAGAAGCACGUCAGACAAUUAUUAAUCCGGACUGGAACUUUGAGCGCAUGGGCAUCGGCGGCCUGGAUAAAGAGUUUUCAGACAUCUUCCGGAGAGCAUUCGCCUCACGAGUCUUUCCUCCUGACAUAGUGGAACAGAUGGGAUGUAAGCAUGUUAAAGGUAUUCUCCUCUUCGGUCCUCCUGGUUGUGGUAAGACUCUGAUGGCGAGACAGGUCGGUAAGAUGUUGAACGCCCGUGAGCCGAAAGUCGUAAACGGACCAGAGAUUCUCAAUAAGUAUGUCGGAGAGUCUGAGGCCAACAUCAGGAAACUGUUCGCUGAUGCUGAGGAGGAGCAGAAGAGGUUGGGUGCUAACAGCGGGCUGCACAUUAUCAUUUUUGAUGAGUUGGAUGCCAUCUGUAAGCAGCGUGGUACAGCAGCAAGCAGCACCGGAGUCCAUGACACUGUGGUCAAUCAGCUGCUAUCCAAAAUUGACGGUGUGGAGCAACUCAACAAUAUCCUUGUUAUAGGAAUGACUAACAGACCCGAUCUAAUAGACGAUGCUUUGAUGAGACCCGGCAGGUUUGAAGUGAAAAUGGAGAUCGGUCUGCCGGAUGAGAAGGGUCGCCUCCAGAUCCUCAGCAUUCACACGGCUAAAAUGCGUGAGUUUAACCUGCUAGCAUCGGAUGUGGACCUGAAGGAACUGUCAAUUGAAACAAAGAACUACAGUGGUGCUGAACUGGAGGGAUUAGUGAGAGCUGCACAAUCAACCGCCAUGAACCGACACAUCAAGGCCACAGCCACAGUGGAAGUAGACCUGGAGAAAGCUGAGAAGCUGCAGGUGUGCAGAGCUGAUUUUAUGGGAUCGCUAAACAAUGACAUCAAACCUGCGUUUGGUACGAAUCAGGAGGAUUAUGCGAGCUACAUUAUGAACGGCAUUAUUAAAUGGGGCGAUCCAGUGAGUCAUGUGCUGGAUGAUGGAGAGCUGCUUGUUCAACAAACCAAGAACAGCGACAGAACUCCGCUGGUAUCCGUGCUGGUUGAAGGUCCUUCUCACAGCGGGAAAACGGCGUUAGCUGCUAAAAUCGCAGAAGAUUCAGAGUUUCCUUUCAUUAAGAUCUGCAGCCCUGAUAAAAUGAUCGGCUUCUCCGAGAUUUCAAAAUGUCAAGCCAUCAAAAAGAUUUUUGAUGAUGCUUAUAAGUCCCAGCUCAGCUGUGUGGUGGUGGACGACAUUGAGCGCCUGCUGGAUUACGUUCCCAUUGGCCCAAGAUUCUCUAACCUCGUCCUCCAAGCACUGCUGGUUUUACUGAAGAAAGCACCACCUCAUGGCCGUAAGCUGCUCAUCAUCGGCACCACAAGUCGUAAAGACGUCCUGCAGGAGAUGGGGAUGCUCGACGCCUUCAGCACUACCAUACACAUCCCCAACAUCAGCAACGGAAACCACCUGGUGGAGGCGCUAGAGCUGUUGGGCAGCUUCACGGAUGCAGAAAGAGCAACUAUCGCCCAGCAGGUAAAGGGAAAGAAAGUGUGGAUUGGAAUUAAGAAACUCCUCAUGCUCAUCGAGAUGUCCCUGCAGAUGGAUCAGGAGUAUCGUGUCAGCAAAUUCCUCUCUCUGCUGCGGGAUGAGGGAGCGUUGGAUGAGAGCAAUCACAUCCUAAUUUAACAUCUCCAUGCCUACUGAGAUCACGGCUUCUAAGAGGAAAGAGUGAAGCUCCGACUCACACCUCAUCAUUCUUUACCCUUCGUCGUAACCCCCUCACACACACACAAACCACACUGUGUGUAGUGUCUUGUGCUUUGUGAGCUACUGUUCUGGAUAUUUAAUAAAUACAGUAUAUAAAGAUGUACAAACUCAUCACUAUACACACUAUUCUGUAUUGUGCAUGUGUGUGUGAAUGUGUCAUAUAUUUAGAGCUUCUAUAUCAUGCAGGUGGGUGAUAUGUGAGUGAAAUCUUGAAAUCUAAGUGCGUAGUUGUGUUGUAACACACACUGACGAUGUUACAUUGAUGACUGAGUUGUGGUGUACAUUUACACUGUGCUCUGUGUGUGUGUGUGUGUGUGUGUGUGUGUGUGUUAGAGCUUUAAUCAGGACUGAAAUGUUGAUCGUGAUAAUGUUCUAUCCGACCUGACCUGGCCCACCACACCAGAGACUAAGAGAUCACCAGAGAUCUAGAUUUUAAAAUCCAAAGCUAGUGUUACAGGAGCACCUCUUAGCACUGGUUAGCAGAUCUUUACAGACUCUUUCUUGUCAUCUUUUACCAGUUAUCCCCUUGUUCAUACAUACGAAAUGAUGGUUAAACGUACACCUAAAAAAAAACCUUUUUUAACUGCUUUAAAAGUUACAAGAGUCACAGAUGUUCACUUGUGCUUUUAUUGUCUGUUAUAUGUGCUAAGCUAGCUAAUUUAGAAUAAUUAGGUGUUAGCUAGCUAGCUGAUUCUCUCUGCCAAGUUUAGCUGGCGAUGUUAGUGCGCUAGAGUUGGCUGUUUUAUGUGAUGAGGUUAAUUAGUCUCAGCUCUCUAAACCACCAUGCAACUGAGUAACUGUGUACACAAUGUCGAUGUGGAGCGCUAGAGCUCAUUUGUAGUUAGACUAGUCUGCUAACUUUUAAACAACAUUGUCAAUCCGCGCACAUGAACACUACAGAACACUGAGUUCAGGGGUUUUCAUUUAAAUGUAUGAUUUAAAUGCAUGAUUUAAACUUGUGCUGUGUCAGCUUUAUUAUGGAGCAAACUAUGGGCUGUAAGGGAUAAAAUGCAAGUCAAAACCUGUUAAAUGUGUGAGUGUGUGUGUUUAGAUGGUGGGAUGGAAAACUUUCAACCUGAGAAGUAUUUGACAAACAAAUGGUUCAGUCAGCCAGCUCAAGCUUUAGUGUGUGUGUAUGUGUGUGUGAGUGCGUGUGUCCUGAAGCCAGUGUUUAUAUCACCCGAGUAUUUUGAUGUGUAUAAAAUGAACAAUCUGAAAUAUAAUCUCUCUCCCUGUCUUGCUCUAGUGUCUCUCACUUUCUAAAUCCACCAUGUGUGUGUGUGUAAGAGAGUGAGAUUGUAAUGUUGUUUGGUGUGUAUUAAAUAUUGUUUAGUAAUGAUCAAUGAUGACUUAUUUAUUUGGCUUGUGUACUGCUCAGUGAUUAGUGCUUGAUGUUCACAGAUGUGAUGUCAUGAAUAUUAAUAUUGUGUUACUGCAAUAAACACACACAGACAGAAA